CCAAAAAUGUUUACAUAAUCGUUCUAGAAAUUUACAACAAAUACUUGUGUAGCCAUAUAGCCAUGUAGUAAAAGAAAUGGAAGAUAAUGACCAGCGAACAGCCGGCGCUGAUAAUUCAUAAUUGAAUUGGCACAACACAACCACGUUUCCUUCCUUCCUAAAUCCUAAUUCAUCAAAAUUCCACAAUCAUCAUCAUCAUAAAUAUAAAACUCCACUCUCAAAUCUCAAUUUUGAUUCGCAAUCAAACUCAAUCAAUCGAACAUCAAAUUCAUCUCCCUCUUCCAGAAUUUCAGAAGAAAAAUCAUGAAGAAAGAUGAAGAAACAGUACUUGGAAUUCCAUAUACAGGAGGAAAUCCACCACCAGUAAUGGCGUAUCAACCACAACCUCCUGCGCAACCUCAACCUCAAUAUUUCUAUGUCGGAGAAAAUCCUUAUCAAAGAGGAACUCUUCCUCCUAACGCCAUUUUUGACGAUCCUAAAGGUGUACCUAUUCAUCAGACUUUUUACAGAGAUACUCCUGCUCCUUUUACCUGCGUUUUCUGCGCUCAUUCUUCAAUUACCUCCGUCAAGUCUAAACCUAGUCUUGCGGCAGUUAUUGGUUGCAUGAUACCGAUGAUGUUAGGAUUUUGCUUCCUUUGCCCUUCUAUGGAUUGUCUCUGGCAUAAGUAUCACUACUGUCCCAGAUGUGGAGAAAAGGUUGCUGACUUCGAGAAAUCAGAUCCCUGCGCUGUGAUGGAUCCUCCAUUCUGGGUAGAGAGGAGUUUUGCAUUAACCAGCUGAACCUGAUAUGCGGAAUGGUUAGUUUGUCUGCUGUUAUGCCUUGUUUCUCACUCCUCUUGCACUAGUCUAUGUCAUCUAUGAUCUAUAGGAUGCUCAAAUUAAUACAUGAGUGAGUUUGAGGUUUGUGAAUAACUAAAGAUGUCAUCUGUUGUGCAUUGUAAUUGUACUAGUGUUACCUUUUUUUAGUGUAUACAAAGUGGUCUUGUUAUGAAGGAUCUUACUUAUUCCAGUGAUGAUUUUUGAACA